CUGAGAACGAUCUGACCAACCGAAUCUUUGAGACGAGCCUCAUUGAUCGCGACACCCUGUCAGACGCUUCAGAAGUGGGCGGUGCACGGGAAGAGCACAAGAGCACCCAGCUGGAUGGGCCAGAGGAGGAGUCUGACAGCGAAUACCGCGAGGAGGAGAGAUCAAUGCCAGAGCCACCCAUGAUCCUCCAUGAGAAAUCAAACAACAACAGAGGCCAUGAGCUGAAGCCCAUGUUUCACGCGGCUGUCCAUCACAACAAGGAGGUGACCGGCAUGAUGCCUGACAUCUAUGACUUCACUGCAGCAGCCUUCAAUAUGAUACAUGAUAUGGAGGAGGUGAGAUGUGGACCGGUCCAUUCAUUUCUCAUUCUUGUCAUGUACUUUUCAUUAUUCUGUGUCCCCAUCAUUUAAGCAGUUUCCGAUAACUUAUUAAAUCCAAAUAGCAUUCCUGAACAUUCCAUGCCCCAGUCUUUAAAUUCUAUCUUAUAAAGCCGUCCGUAACUCUUUCAAUCUACAUUCCUGAACAUGCCAUUGUAACAUCCCCAGCAUCUCCUUGGCAUUGAAAUGCUGACAUCAAACUGGGCGCUGCUCCCAUUCUUGCGGCCCACAGUCCAUCCAGGGACACCAGUGGAUAAAAAGCCACGGGGUCCAAGUCUUGAACUUGUCCUGAGGAAAGAUGUCAAUUUAAUAAAGUAAGAUUAUGUCAAAUAAAUUAAGUAAGAUUAUAUUUAAAAUUGGUAAAGUAAGAUAUCAUGUCAAUUAAUAAGUAAUGUAACAAUGACAUAGUAAGCCAUGUGAUGAAUCAUGCUGAUUUGCACAUACAGAAACAAGGUUCAUCAUUCACCUCCAAAGGAAUCAUAACAUUUCAAAAAGCUCAAGAUUUACUUGUGUAUAAUUUAAUAUGCCUUUGUCCCAAUGUUGAACAAUCCUGUUGAAUUAGUGCUGUGAAGUUAAGAAACAAUUUUAUUCAGCUCCUACUUUGGUGUGCAAUCUGGACAUUGAUUCCAUUGGAGGUAACGAGUCACUGACGCAUGACUCAACCAAAUUAAAUAGUUUUUCUGUUUUUAGCUUUAGUUUGGAUGCUGAGAAUUUCUUGUAGCACUUAUGUUAGUAAACUUACAAUGCCGAAUUGACAGCACUACUGAAAAUUGACAAUGUAUUCCGAGCUAAAGGUAAUUCAUCAUUUGCAUGUGAUCCAGUGUAAAGAACUCCAUCUACUCCUGCAUUGACACUGUGUUCCACUGUACUGGUGUGUACCUGGCAGCCCUACAGCAGCUCUACACCAAGUAUUUCCUCACCAAACUCAGUGCAGGAAGUGACGCUGGCAACCAGGAGGUCAUGUUCUACCAGGAGGCCCUACAGCGCCAUGACACACAGGUAUGAGGUUAACAUUGAAACCAGGGCACAGGGGUAUGGUGUUAACAUUGAAACCAGGGCACAUGAGUAUGAGGUUAAAUUUGAAACCAGGGCACAGGGGUAUGAGGUUAGGGUUAGGGUGCAUAGAAACCAGGGCACAUGAGUAUGAGGUUAAAUUUGAAACCAGGGCACAGGGGUAUGAGGUUAACAUUGAAACCAGGGCACAGGGGUAUGAAGUUACAUUUGAAACCAGGGCACAGGGGUAUAAGGUUAACAUUGAAACCAGGGCACAUGGGUAUGAGGUUAACAUUGAAACCAGGGCAUAGGGGUAUGAAGUUAAAUUUGAAAUUAGGGCACAGGGGUAUGAUUUUAAAUUUGAAACCAGGACACAAGGGUAUGAGGUUAACAUUGAAACCAGGGCACAGGGGUAUAAGGUUAACAUUGAAACCAGGGCACAAGAGUAUGAUGUUAAAACAUUGAAACCAGGGCACAGGGGUAUGAGGUUAACAUUGACAUCAGGUCAGACAGUUUUAUUAAGAUUUAAUUAAAUUUCUUUUUGAGGUGUUAAUGACUUUCAAGUUGAAAAUGUACCUUUGAAUAACUAUCAGAGUUUGCUUUGGAAUAGUGGAAAACUAGUGCUAAAGAAUUAAUCAAUCCAAUGAAUGGAUCAGAUAUUGGAUCAUGACCAUCCUUCUCAAUAUUAAAGUCUGGCAGUAAUCGGGCAGACAUUUGUUUCAGCUUAAAAUUGUCGACAGAAUUCCUGAGUCCCAGCGUCUGGGCAUGUUCCUCAUUGACCUUACGCCGUACAAGGACAAUGUUCGAGGCUUCACCCUGGACAGGCUGUCCACAGUUCAGGAGCUGCUGAACUCUGAUGUGAUGCAAAGGACUCGGCAACUCAUUCAGGUGAUCAUUUGUAAUAAGAGGAAUAAAAAUAUUCACAAAAAAUGUAAAAAAAAACAAGUCCAAUAAGUUCAAAUGACCACAAACUAAAAAUGACCGUUUUUUCCCACCUUUGAAUGGCGGUAAAUAUGGCAGCCGUUAUUUAUUUCAUGUGUAUCAUCAUCCCUUCACAAGGGGGUCAUUGUCCAUCAGUUCAUGUGUAUCAUCAUCCCUUCACAAGGGGGUCAUUGUCCAUCAGUUUAUGUGUAUCAUCAUCCCUUCACAAGGGGGUCAUUGUCCAUCAGUUUAUGUGUAUCAUCAUCCCUUCACAAGGGGGUCAUUGUCCAUCAGUUUAUGUGUAUCAUCAUCCCUUCACAAGGGGGUCAUUCUCCAUCAGUUUAUGUGUAUCAUCAUCCCUUCACAAGGGGGUCAUUGUCCAUCAGUUUAUGUGUAUCAUCAUCCCUUCACAAGGGGGUCAUUGUCCAUCAGUUUAUGUGUAUCAUCAUCCCUUCACAAGGGGGUCAUUCUCCAUCAGUUUAUGUGUAUCAUCAUCCCUUCACAAGGGGGUCAUUCUCCAUCAGUUUAUGUGUAUCAUCAUCCCUUCACAAGGGGGUCAUUCUCCAUCAGUUUAUGUGUAUCAUCAUCCCUUCACAAGGGGGUCAUUCUCCAUCAGUUUAUGUGUAUCAUCAUCCCUUCACAAGGGGGUCAUUCUCCAUCAGUUUAUGUGUAUCAUCAUCCCUUCACAAGGGGGUCAUUGUCCAUCAGUUUAUGUGUAUCAUCAUCCCUUCACAAGGGGGUCAUUGUCCAUCAGUUUAUGUGUAUCAUCAUCCCUUCCCAAGGGGGUCAUUCUCCAUCAGUUUAUGUGUAUCAUCAUCCCUUCACAAGGGGGUCAUUCUCCAUCAGUUUAUGUGUAUCAUCAUCCCUUCACAAGGGUGUCAUUGUCCAUCAGUUCAUGUAUAUCAUCAUCCCUUCACAAGGGGGUCAUUCUCCAUCAGUUUAUGUGUAUCAUCAUCCCUUCCCAAGGGGGUCAUUCUCCAUCAGUUUAUGUGUAUCAUCAUCCCUUCCCAAGGGGGUCAUUGUCCAUCAGUUUAUGUGUAUCAUCAUCCCUUCCCAAGGGUGUCAUUCUCCAUCAGUUUAUGUGUAUCAUCAUCCCUUCCCAAGGGGGUCAUUGUCCAUCAGUUUAUGUGUAUCAUCAUCCCUUCACAAGGGGGUCAUUCUCCAUCAGUUUAUGUGUAUCAUCAUCCCUUCACAAGGGGGUCAUUCUCCAUCAGUUUAUGUGUAUCAUCAUCCCUUCACAAGGGGGUCAUUGUCCAUCAGUUCAUGUGUAUCAUCAUCCCUUCACAAGGGGGUCAUUCUCCAUCAGUUUAUGUGUAUCAUCAUCCCUUCCCAAGGGGGUCAUUCUCCAUCAGUUUAUGUGUAUCAUCAUCCCUUCACAAGGGGGUCAUUCUCCAUCAGUUUAUGUGUAUCAUCAUCCCUUCACAAGGGGGUCAUUCUCCAUCAGUUUAUGUGUAUCAUCAUCCCUUCACAAGGGGGUCAUUCUCCAUCAGUUUAUGUGUAUCAUCAUCCCUUCCCAAGGGGGUCAUUCUCCAUCAGUUUAUCUGCGUCCAGUUUGCUUACUUUAUUCCUGCCUACUUUUUGUCUUCAUAUGUUAAUUCGUGUUCAGUGUUGCUACAUGUCAUUGGUGUCUCUACAUGUCAUAGAUGUCACUGAAUGUCAUCAGUGUCUCUACAUGAUAUCGGUGUAUCUACAUGUCAUUCCCAUCUCCCAAGACUCUCCAUUUGGGUCCUUUUCCUUGUGAUAUUGAGUCUCUCAUGUCCUUGUCCUAGGAAGCGACUUACUAGUUGUGGUGCCAAGUAUUGACUUCACACCACACCCUAGUGUUAUUGGGUCUCUCAUGUCCUUGUCCUAGGAAGAGACUUACUAGUGUGGUGCCUCGUAUUGACAUCACACCUCAUCCUUGUGUUAUUAGGUCUCUCAUGUCCUUGUCCUAGGAAGAGACUUACUAGUGUGGUGCCUCGUAUUGACAUCACACCUCAUCCUUGUGUUAUUGGGUCUCUCAUGUCCUUGUCCUAGGAAGAGACUUACUAGUGUGGUGCCUCGUAUUGACAUCACACCUCAUCCUUGUGUUAUUAGGUCUCUCAUGUCCUUGUCCUAGGAAGAGACUUACUAGUGUGGUGCCUCGUAUUGACAUCACACCUCAUCCUUGUGUUAUUGGGUCUCUCAUGUCCUUGUCCUAGGAAGAGACUUACUAGUGUGGUGCCUCGUAUUGACAUCACACCUCAUCCUUGUGUUAUUGGGUCUCUCAUGUCCUUAUCCUAGAAAGAGACUUACUAGUGUGGUGCCUCAUAUUGACAUCACACCUCAUCCUUGUGUUAUUGGGUCUCUCAUGUCCUUGUCCUAGGAAGAGACUUACUAGUUGUGGUGUCACAUAUUCACAUCACACCACAUCCCAGUGUUAUUGGGUCUCUUAUGUCCUUGUCCUAAGAAGAGACUUACUAGUUGUGGUGCCAGGUAUUGACAUCACACCACAUCCCAGUGUUAUUGGGUCUCUCAUGUCCUUGUCCUAGGAAGAGACUUACUAGUUGUGGUGCCACGUAUUAACAUCACACCACAUCCUAGUGUUAUUGGGUCUCUCAUGUCCUUGUCCUAAGAAGAGACUUACUAGUUGUGGUGCCACGUAUUAACAUCACACCACAUCCUAGUGUUAUUGGGUCUCUUAUGUCCUUGUCCUAAGAAGAGACUUACUAGUUGUGGUGCCACGUAUUAACAUCACACCACAUCCCAGUGUUAUUGGGUCUCUCAUGUCCUUGGAAGAGACUUCCUAGUUGUGGUGCCACGUAUUGACAUCACGCCACAUCCUAUUGUUAUUGGGUCUCUCAUUUCCUUGGAAGAGACUUACUAGUUGUGGUGCCAGGUAUUGACAUCACACCACUUUCUAGUGUUAUUGGGUCUCAUGUCGUUGUCCUAAGUAGAGACUUACUAGUUGUGGUGCCACGUAUUGACAUCACACCACAUCCUAGUGUUAUUGGGUCUCUUAUGUCCUUGUCCUAGGAAGAGACUUCUUAGUUGUGGUGCCAGGUAUUGACAUCACGCCAUAUUCCUGUCAUCUGUUUUAUUAAUUUGCUCAUGUUCAGUAAAUAAAUGAAAGGUUGAUUAUUUUAAAGACGAACACCAUAUACUUAAGCUGUCCUUGUUUUUCCCCACUAUAAGCUCUUCUUAUUGACCUCUAUUAUUUUAAAGACAAACACAUAUACUUAAGCUGUCCUUAUUUUUCCUCAAUAUAGGCCUCUCUUAUUUACCUAUACCAUUGCAUAGUAUUUAUAUUUGAAACCUUGGGCCCCAGUUCUUUUAAUUAUUAUUUUGAAAACUGACUUUGAUAUUUUUUUAAUUUUUUCUUUUAAUUAUCCCCCCCCCCCCAAACCGUCUUGUGUAACUGUGUCACAUCUCUACUGUUCAUUAAAGUUUGUUUUUUUAAAUCGGUAACACAUUUCCACUAAUCUCCAGCUUUCCAUUAAUUUCCACCUUUUCAUUAAUUUCACUUUUUCAUUAAUUUCAACCUUCCCAUUAAUAACAACCUUUCCAUUAAUUUCACUUUUCCAUUAAUUUAAACCUUUCCAUUAAUUACAACCUUCCCAUUAAUUUCCACCUUCUUAUUGAUUUCAACCUUCCAUUGAUUUCCACCUUCCUAUUGAUUUCCUCCUUCCCAUUGAUUUCCACCUUCCGAUUGAUUUCCACUUUCCCAUUGAUUUCCACCUUCCAUUGAUUUCCACCUUCCUAUUGAUUUCCUCCUUCCCAUUGAUUUCCACCUUCCGAUUGAUUUCCACUUUCCCAUUGAUUUCCACCUUCCAUUGAUUUCCACCUUCCUAUUGAUUUCCUCCUUCCCAUUGAUUUCCACCUUCCGAUUGAUUUCCACUUUCCCAUUGAUUUCCACCUUCCCAUUGAUUUUCACCUUCCCAUUGAUUUCCACCUUCCCAUUAAUUUCCGCCUUCCCAUUGAUUUCCACCUUUCCAUUAAUUUCCACCUUCCUAUUGAUUUCCACCUUCCCAUUGAUUUCCACCUUCCCAUUAAUUUCCACCUUCCCGAUUGAUUUCCACCUUUCCAUUGAUUUCCACCUUCCCAUUGAUUUCCACCUUCCUUUACAUGACAGAAACUAGAUAACCUGAUUACUGUUCUGGAGAGCCAUCCUGCUGCUUUAGACGCCCUCUACAUACGUCUGACUACAGCAGAUUCACUGCCAGACAUCUUACGUCUGCUGGAAAAUAGAGAUGUCAACCAGAUUAUCUCCCUAUACAAUAUCAUUGACAGGUGAGAUUAAAUCUGAAACAAAUGUGGCACAUUUUUUUUCUCUGUGUGGGGGGGGGGGGGGGGAGGGUACAUUCUAUGUUGAUCUGUAUUGCCAUAACAGUCUGUUAUAUAGCCUAGUGUAGAGUGUGGCUUGGCCUAUUUUUCACUUCAAUAUAGAAUUAUUUUUAGCCAGCCCACUUGUCACCAUUAGUAUGGCCUUGAUAUUGACGUCAUGGAAUGAAUGUGCUCUGUCAUUCCAACAUCUGCCUUGAUUGGGUAAGGUUGUUUAUGUUCGAAUGCAUCCAUUUGUUCUAAAGAUUGCCCUCAGGCGUCCCAUAUUUUUGGAAUUUCUUUACUUAAUCUGAUUUGGUCCCUAUGUAUAGGCCGCAGGCUUCUUUGGCAGAUAGACAGAUCGAGAUUAGAUAGACAGUGCGAGGGAAAGAUUUUAAAAAUAUGAGAUGUUGUGUGUGUGUGUGUAAAUUAAUAUUUGUAUUUUGAGGAUUGUACCUUUUUCACUUGCUGUAAGUUGAUCUAGUUUUUUUGCUUCUGUAAUUGAAUUUUUUAUUGAAAUUUUUUUGUAUCAUUAACAAGCUCCCAAGUUAUGUGUAUCUCAAAAAAAAAAGUGACUUAAUUGUGAUUGAAAUGGAUUAUUUGAUAAGUUUAUUAUUUGUUUGUUGUCAAACAUCUUAUAAAAACCAAGUUUCUCAAUUGUGUGAACUUGGGACAAGAGUAUCUAUACCGGUUCAUCCUUAAAUUCAAUAAUUGCUAUACCAUUAGCAGUCCUUAGAGUAAGUACCGGUACUAUAUCAGUGCAUUUAUGUCCUGUUACUACAAAAAAAUUGCAUAAACGUAUAGGGUCUUUUAAAAAAAAAAAUAUUUUAAAAUUUGUUUUUUAAAUGUCCAGGAAUUUUGUAUUUUCUCCUGGAAAAGUCUUGGAAUUUUAUUUUAGAUUUGGUGCAGGAACCCUGUUUACUGACUGAGCUUUAAUUCAGUUGGGUAAUGGAGACUAAGUUUGAUGUCUGUUGGGGUAAUGGAGACUGAGCUUUAUGUCUUAAAAUGUAUUACAUUAUCAUAUAAAACCUGACACACCUUCAAUUAAUGUUUAUAAAAAAAAAUACAAAAUGUCAUUACUUAUCAUAAAAGUGGCUCUUGGCAUAAAUUAGAUGGGUCAUAUCUAAGUUAACAAAGUCUUUGCAUAAAUUAGACGGGUCAUAUCUAAGUUAACAAAGUCUUUGCAUAAAUUAGACGGGUCAUAUCUAAGUUAACAAAGUCUUUGCAUAAAUUAGACGGGUCAAUAUCUAGUUAACAAAGUCUUUGCAUAAAUUAGACAGGUCAUAUCUAAGUUAACAAAGUCCUUGCAUAAAUUAGACGGGUCAUAUCUAGUUAACAAAGUCUUUGCAUAAAUUAGACAGGUCAUAUCUAAGUUAACAAAGUCCUUGCAUAAAUUAGACGGGUCAUAUCUAGUUAACAAAGUCUUUUCAUAAAUUAGACGGGUCAUAUCUAAGUUAACAAAGUCUUUGCAUAAAUUAGACGGGUUAUAUAUCUAGUUAACAAAGUCUUUUCAAUAAAUUAGACAGGUCAUAUCUAGUUAACAAAGUCUUGGCAUAAAUUAAACAGGUCAUAUCUAAGUUAACAAAGUCUUUGCAUAAAUUAGACGGGUUAUAUAUCUAGUUAACAGAGUCUUUUCAUAAAUUAGACAGGUCAUAUCUAGUUAACAAAGUCUUUGCAUAAAUUAGAUCGGUCAUAUCUAGUUAACAAAGUCUUUUCAUAAAUUAGACGGGUCAUAUCUAGUUAACAAAGUCUUUGCAUAAAUUAGACAGGUCAUAUCUAAGUUAACAAAGUCUUUGCAUAAAUUAGACGGGUUAUAUAUCUAGUUAACAAAGUCUUUUCAAUAAAUUAGACAGGUCAUAUCUAGUUAACAAAGUCUUUGCAUAAAUUAGACGGAUUAUAUAUCUAGUUAACAAAGUCUUUUCAAUAAAUUAGACAGGUCAUAUCUAGUUAACAACGUCUUUUCAUAAAUUAGACGGGUCAUAUCUAGUUAACAAAGUCUUUGCAUAAAUAAGACGGGUCAUAUCUAAGUUAACAAAGUCUUUGCAUAAAUUAGACGGGUUAUAUAUCUAGUUAACAAAGUCUUUUCAAUAAAUUAGACUGGUCAUAUCUAGUUAACAAAGUCUUUUCAUAAAUUAGACGGGUCAUAUCUAGUUAACAAAGUCUUUGCAUAAAUUAGACGGGUCAUAUCUAAGUUAACAAAGUCUUUGCAUAAAUUAGACGGGUUAUAUAUCUAGUUAACAAAGUCUUUUCAAUAAAUUAGACAGGUCAUAUCUAGUUAACAAAGUCUUUGCUUAAAUUAGACGGGUCAUAUCUAAGUUAACAAAGUCUUUGCAUAAAUUAGACAGGUCAUAUCUAGUUAAAAUCUUAGCAUAAAUUAUACAGGUCAUAUCCAGAUAACAAAGUCUUUGCAUACAUUAUACAGGUCAUAUCCAGAUCAAUGUUUCCUCUAAGGUUUGUUGGUUCUUGUGCUAAAUCAUACAGUUAUUUGCAAAGUUUUACAGCAUCAAUUUUUUUGUGUGCACAAUUUUACAGCCCUUAACACAAACACACACUUAUAUGGAAAUUUGCUGAGCAUGACUCAAAACUGCUGCGUGGUGUCUGUGAAAUAGCUGCAUUGCCGCACAGCCGCUCAGCUUAAAAGGAACAUUGAUCCAGAUAACAAAGUCUUUGCAUAAAUUAUAAAGGUCAUUGCCAGUUAACAAAGUGUUUGCAUAAAUUAGACAGGUCAUAUCUAGUUAACAAAAUUUUUGCAUAAAUUAAACAGGUCAUAUCUAGUUAACAAAAUUUUUGCAUAAAUUAAACAGGUCAUAUCUAGUUAACAAAAUUUUUGCAUAAAUUAGGUCAUAUUCUAGUUAACAAGAUAACAAAGUCUUUGCCUAAUUAUAGAUUUUUUUACCUCAUGCCUCUAAAAUAAAAAAUUUCCCCAGGGACUAUCUCCGCUUUAUCUGUAAUUACAAUUUAUAUCUUAUAGUAACCUACAGAACACCAUAACUAUAAAUCCUUUAAUGCAAACAAGACAUACCUUAGGUAAUGGACAUGAAUUUAUUUAUAUUAUUAUAGCUUUAUUUGUAGCUUUUUGCUGCUGGACAUAUUAAUUUGAACGUCUGCCAUGAGUUUGUUCAGUCCAUUUAUUCCCAUGAGCAGGUUUGCUGCUGGACAUAUUAAUUUGAAUGUCUGCCAUGAGUUUGUUCAGUCCAUUUAUUCCCAUGAGCAGGUUUGCUGUUGGACAUAUUAAGUUGAGUGCCUGGCAUGAAUUUUGUCAUGUCUAUUGAUUCCCAUGAGAAGGUUUGCUGUUGGACAUCUUAACUUGAUUGUCUGCAACGAGUUUGUUAGGUCCAUUUAUUCCCAUGAGCAGGUUAGCUAUUGAUAUUAUUAACUUGAAUGUCUGCCAUGAGUAUGUUGAGUCCAUUUAUUCCCAUGUGGAGGUUCUCUGUUUGACAUAUUAAGUUGAAUGCAUUCCAUGAGUUUGGUCAGUCAAUUUAUUACCAUGAGCAGGUUUGCUGUUGGACAUAUUAACUUGAAUGUCUUUAAUGCAAACAAGACAUACCUAAUGUAAUGGACACAAAUUUAUUUAUAUUAUUAUAGCUUUAUUCGUAGCUUUGCUGCUGGACAUAUUAAUUUGAAUGUCUGCCAUGAGUUUGUUCAGUCCAUUUCCCAUGAGCAGGUUUGCUGUUGGACAUAUUAAGUUGAGUGCCUGGCAUGAGUUUUGUCAUGUCUAUUGAUUCCCAUGAGCAGGUUUGUUCCAUGAGUUUGUUCAGUCCAUUUAUUCCCAUGAGUAGGUUUGCUGUUGGUCAUAUUAAGUUGAGUGCCUGCCAAGAGUUUGUUCAGUCCGUUGAUUCCCAUGAGCAGGUUUGCUGUUCCACACAAUGAAGAUGACAGGAGGGCGUUUGAGUCCACUCACUACCUAGUGACCAGUGUCCGCCAUGCAGGGAAUGUGUGCCUCAGAGAGAGGACCGAAAUGGUUGAGGGGAUAGAACGCUGCCUGGAGAGGGAUGUGGCAUGGAUUCAGUCGCAGGUAGUGUAA